AACAGAUUUCGUCUCCAUUUCCUCCUUUCUUUCCACUAAAACUCCGCCCCCGUGUGCCGUGUUAUCUAUCCACCCAUCGGUUCGCCUUCCUCUCGCCGCUCGCCGCAUCGCUUUUUAGGGUUUUCUCGCUCCUGCUCCCCCAUCCUCCGCACCCUCGCUCCUCCCAACGCACGCGCGUCGACGACGACCGGCAGCCGCGCAUCUGUCCGCCGCCGCCACUCACUACAAGGAGAAAUGGGCAACAGCGACGCUGCAUCGCCCGCAUCGGCGGCCGCCGCGCGCGACUCCAAGAAGAAGAGGGGGAGCCGCUCGGCGGCGAAGCUGAAGCAGAGCAAGCGCGACACACGCCGUGAGCAGUUUCUGUCUAGGGGGCAAGGCAAUAAGGAUGCCAAAUCUGCAGCUUCGCCAACAGGAGCAGUUUCUGGGUCGCCCAUACUCGCUUCCCCGCACCCUCCACUUCCUCGUCGCCGUGCUGAUUCCAGAUCAAGGGGCAGUGAUCCGGAGGAUAGGGAUGAGGCUAUUGCUGCUGGCCUUGAGGCAGAUGGCAGUGGCCUUGACUCCCCAGGCUCAGACAAGCGCCAAAGUGGUGACUGCCCUCAGAGGAAGGGGUUCCCUGGCAAUGGCGGUGGUCCCAGCCUCAGCAGUGGAAGCAGUGUAUGGUCCAGCUCAAGGAGUGUGAGUGAUGCUGAGGAGGAUACAGGCGGCCCUGAGGAUGAGAGUGAAGUCUUCGAUGAUUGGGAAAUGGCUGCUGAUGCGCUUUAUGUCGAUGACAGUUCUUGUAACCAGAGUUCAGGUCCCACACCGACACUCCCACAAGCUCCGACCACUGCAGAACCUUCUCAUGCAGCGAAACCAGAACCGAUUCAAAGCAAGACAAGGGCUUGGGCACCGGAUGACAUAUUUCGACCACAGAGCUUACCCAGCAUCUCCAAGCAGACCAGCUUCCCAGCAAGCAUUGGUAACCGCUGGCAGGAUAUGGGAAUGAGUGCUGCGCAGCAGGGAAUUCUUUCAUUGCCGCUGUCGUGCCCCAUUUGCUGUGACGAUCUUGACCUGACAGAUUCGAGCUUCUGUCCCUGUCCUUGUGGGUUUCACAUGUGCCUCUUCUGCCACAACAGGAUCUUGGUGGAAGAUGGGCGCUGCCCAGGUUGCAGGAAGCAAUACAACACAGUUUCUGCAGCAGAAGGCGGCGGUGGAGGUGGCUCAAGAGCAACAGUUGGGACUGGACGAGAGAUGGAAAAGCGACUGUCCCGUUCUUGUAGCAUGGGUCCAAGUUACUAAACUGCCAGGGUUAUGCUAGAUCUAUGUUGUAGCGCUACCCGUUGCAUGUUACUGUCAGAUAUGCUCGUUUUUUGCGUAUCGUCUGCUUUUGGUAUAAAGAAAUGUGAAUAUUCGAAAUA